UCCGCUGUUUUGGUGGACGUCUGUAGCGUCGCUUGCUAACAGAAAUAGAAACGCUCGGCUUUGAAUUAUGGAUAAGAAUGUUCCACAAUACAGCGUACAGCUGUAUAUUUAUGAUCUCUCCAGAGGAAUGGCUCGGAGCCUCAGUCCUAUCAUGUUAGGGAAACAGCUGGACGGAAUUUGGCAUACAGCUAUAGUGGCAUAUGGUGAUGAGUUCUUCUUCGGAGGGGAGGGGAUCUCCAGCUGUUCACCGGGUGGUACCAUGCUGGGCCCUCCAGACACUGUGGUGGAGCUGGGGGAGACUGAAGUCUCGGAGGAGAUCUUCAUGGAUUACCUCUCCUCUCUCGGAGAAAGCACAUACAGGGGUGACAGGUAUCGUCUGUUUGAGCACAACUGCAACACUUUCACCAACGAGGUGGCUCAGUUCCUGACGGGCAGGACCAUCCCUUCCUAUAUCACGGACCUUCCAUCUGAAGUCCUCUCCACGCCGUUCGGCCAAAUACUGCGACCCAUUCUGGACUCCAUUCACAUUGCCCCUCCAGGAGGGAACGUCAUCAAUGGGGGGAGGAACGUCUAAUCUGACAGAGCAGCAGAGUGUUUCUGAGGUCAUUUCCACUGUAGUCAGUCAGAGAGGUCUCACGCCAACUCCUUUCCUUUUCUUUCGUAUUUCAAAUGCAUUACUGACUAUUCUUCGGGAGGAAUUCGCCGUCAGUGAGGCUCACGUCUCAUGAGGUUUGGGGGUGUGUUCGACAGUUGCUAUUCAACUUUUCCAGAUCCGAAAGCUCAUUUGUUGAAGUUUUGUGUAGAAUAGAUUUGAAGCUCUGAACCUUUAUUUAGAAUUGAAGCAAGUCCUUGGAGUCCGGAGUCGACGAUGCUAAGUAAUUAAGCCACAUAUUAAAAUACCUCUUGCACAUCAAUGCAUAAUAAAGCCGCCUGAGUACUUUAACUUUUGUACUGAGGAUAAAAUGCUACUUCAACUUAAUUUUUUUUUUCUUUUUUCUACGUUUUGUUUUUAAAUGAGUGAUUCAGGUUUUUGACCAAUAGCUAAUAUUAACCUGAGCUCAUCUCGUCUGGCUGUGUCCCUUUCUGAGAACUGGCUGCUGCUGACUACAGUGGAUCGAAGCCGAGUGUACACUCUGAGACAUGUUCAAUACAUUGAUUUUCAUCUGAAGCAGGUUGAAAGAAAACAACUUUAAUAUCAAUCAUUUUCAUAUUGCACUUUUUAUGUUUUAUUCUUUGGUUAUUUAGUAGCUUCUAGUCAAUUGCCUGUCGACAGUACUUUUUUGUACCCGUGACCUUUUUUCUUCAUCUGUUGUGUCAACCUCGACUCCAUCGUGUCGCCGCCUCAGAAACGACUUCUCAUGUCUUGGUAUAAUUUCGCUGCACAGCAGUUUGUGAGAUUGGAGGAGGAGAUGAGUUUCUUCUUGUGGGUGGGCCUCUGCAGCUGGACUGGCAUCAGUUCACUGUGAGCUUUGUUCAGAUAGGAACAAUCCGCAGCGUUUGAUUGGCUGAUAAUCGAUAGGGCUGCACAGUACUAGUUAAACAUUUGAUAUAUGAUAACAUAUGAAGAAACAUUUAAUUAUUUGAUGUUAAUAGGCCUUUCCCCCCUCUUGCACCAUUUUUUAUGUAAUUGAAAUAUCUUUCAGAUGCACAUCUGCACUGCAAACCAGCAGCAUUUCCCCAAGAAUGUUUCUAAAUAACUGCAGCAAGCUUGGUCUACAUUCUGGAAACAAACAAAAACCAGCAUUUGUGGUUGUUUCUGAUCGAGGUGUAUACUUUUCCAGCCCUUUAGAGCAUAGCUGAAAGUGAACUGUGCCACUGUCCUGCUGUCAAAGGGUCUGCCAGCAGCAAAAGAACAUCAUCAAUACUUUUCUUACAUAGAUGUAUUUUUGAGACUUUGAUGCCAUGAAAGUAAAUCUAAUCAAUGCCACAUUUACUGAUUUAAUUGAGUGUAAACGUGACCACACGAGGUGCAGUGUUCUUUCCUUUAAACCAACCAACAACCUGCUCGAGUCCUUGAACAGCCACCAGAGUGUGUUUGAAAUACAAUACACCUCUGUGCCUUCAUUUCCUUCUGCUUUCCUACUGUCAUGCCGUUUAGGGGGCUUUUUGUUUUUUGUGCAACGUCCCCAGAAGAGAGAGCGAGUAUGGCCGGGAUAGAUUCUCACAGUCCUCACUCUCUGUGCAAGAAGCAUUUUCUGCCUAUUUACAGUAUAUUAUAAAAGAUCACAGGAGCGAGGUGCAUAUGACAGACACACACUCACCAAGCUGAACCUCAAAAGCCUUUCUUCCCCCCACCCCAAGCUUAAACAUUGAACGAGAGAAGCACACUCACACACACAAUCAAGGCAUCUAAUCCAACCAGCGUUAAUGUUCAUCCCGCAAUAAUGAAGCCCUGCAGACACAGGAAGACUCUCUGGGCUUAUUCCUCACCUUUUUACACGUUUGGCUACUUCCAAAACUAUCGCACUGAGUUGCUCCCCCCACCCCCACCCCACCCCCACCAGGCCAGAAAGCUCAGGUUUUUCUGGGGUUCUUUGGUUUUUUUUGCCUUCUGCGGAUUAACUAACAUGCUUACCUGACCACUGAAAUGUAUUACUGCACAAUCACCCUCUGUUGCUUUGGUGUAUGUCGUAGCGAGCUGCUACUCGUGUUGUGUAAAAUUACGACAGAUAUUUAUAGAUAUUAUUUCCCAGUUUAAAUAAUAUAACUAUCCCAGAUAUAUUUAUGCAUAUUGUUUGUAUUGUUUGUGUAAUUGUUUUUGUAAUUUUAACUAAACAUAAAGCCAUUGACAGCACA